UAUUGGUUGGCGUUUGGUUCUAUGUGCUAAUGUUUAUUUACAUUUUUUAAUAUUGUUAUUAUAAGAAAGAAAACACAUUUUUUGUGGCAAUUAUGGAAUUUAGAAAUAAAGAUCCUGGAGCCGUACAAUUUGGAAAUUUUAUAAAUUAUUAUCAAUUCAACUCUGCCGAAGAAAGACUAAAAUUAUUGCCUUCACAAUAUUGGCUGCCGGAAGAUGAGAACGAAUCAUCAUUGGAACCCUAUCUCGUACUAGAUGUUGGUUGCAAUUCUGGUGUUUUUACACAACUAUUACAAAAGUUCCUAAGUAGUUUAAUGCCACAGCGUAAAGUCUGUAUUUAUGGCGUGGACAUAGAUACAGCUUUAAUAGCCCGCGCUAAAAAGGACAAUAGCAAUUGUGAGCAGAUAUCAUACGACUGUGUCGAUGUUAUGGAUAAUGAAGCAUUUGAAAAGGUACAACAAUUUCUGAAAAUCAAUAAUAGAACGCAUUUUGAUGCUGUAUGUUGUUUUUCCAUUACCAUGUGGAUACAUUUGAAUCAUCACGAUGCAGGUCUUCAAGAAUUUCUUCGAAAAUUAUCCAAUAUAGCGAAAUUAUUUAUAGUCGAACCACAGCCUUGGAAAUGUUAUCAAACAGCCGAGCGUAGACUGAAAAAGUCAGGCGAGGUAUUUCCUUUAUUUCUGGAACUGAAGUGGCGAUCACAAGUGGAAACGGAAAUAGAAAACUUUAUGGAAAAUACAAUGCAGAGGAAAAAAGUUUACGAAUCAAUACCAACCAAGUGGCAGAGAAAAAUAUGUUUUUACAGAUGAUAUCAGUUAUUUUAAUUGAUGUAAAUAAUAAAUCAAGUUUUUUUAUAAAAUUUUAAA